AGAGGCUUUUACGAAAAUUUAGUACAGUUUGUUUGGUUUGUUUGUUAAUGAAUUACUGAUUUUUUACUUGCUGAGCUUUAUCCGGAUCAUGGGCAGAAAGUUGGUAACUUUGGCCUUUUUGAGCCUGACUUUGCAAGCUAUAGUCGCAACUCACAUUGUAUGUUAUCACGGAACUUGGUCCUACUAUAGAACAGGAAAUGGUAACUUUAAAGUUACAGAUGUAGAUCCAACUUUGUGCACACAUUACAUCUAUACAUUCGUCGGCUUGAACAGCUCAACAUAUGAAGUUGCUCUCCUAGAUGAAUGGCUAGAUAUCAGCCUAAGUGGAUUUGCUAAUGCAAUUGCAUUGAAGGAAACCAAUUCAGAUUUGAAAGUCUUGGUAGCUGUAGGAGGAUGGAACGAAGGCUCAGCUAAAUACUCUGUGAUGGCUGCCAGUGCCACCUACCGAGCUACAUUCAUCAGUUCUGUCAUUACCUUGCUCCAAACUUACGGUUUUGACGGUUUCGAUCUCGAUUGGGAGUACCCGGCUCGACGUGACAGUACCAACUCUGCUGACAAAGAAAACUUUGCCACCCUUAUCAAGGAACUCAAAGCAGCUUUUGACCCGUACGGUUACCUUUUGACAGCUGCAGUCUCAGCAGCUCCUACUUACAUUGACACAUCGUAUGAUGUACCCGUUCUGUCUGAAUACUUAGACCUUAUCAAUCUGAUGGAGUACGACUUUUUCGGAGCCUGGGACGAUACAACUGGACACAACGCCCCAUUGUACUCCAAAUCUAUUUAUGAUGGAACAACAUAUGCAGACUACAGUGUGAACGCUUCAGUUUACGGUUGGAUAGAACGAGGAGCCAGUCCAUCAAAGUUGGCUCUUGGUGUACCAUUCUAUGGAAGAGUCUUCACUCUAUCGUCAUCAAGUAGCACUGGCGUAGGAGCCGCUGUGAGUGGUGCGGGAUCUAGCGGACCCUACACGGCAACAGCAGGUUUCUGGGGUUACAACGAGAUUUUGGAACAGUUUGCUGCUACAAGUUUCACUGAAGCAUGGGACGAUGAAGCACAAGUACCUUAUGCAUACAGUGGUACUACAUGGUUGAGCUACGACAAUGUCAAAUCGAUUACUUUGAAGGUGGAGUACGCCAAAUCACUUGGUCUAGGUGGUAUAAUGCUUUGGUCAUUGGAAACAGACGACAUCGUUGCCACUUCUGGCACCAAAUUCCAGCUUUUGCAAGCAAUAAACAGUGCAGUGGGCAAUUCAAGUUCUUCCAAUUCAACAUCAUCAACUUCAACAACUUCCUCGACUACUUCCACAACCACUGCAUCAAGUGUAACUUCAUCAACUGCCAGUACUUCAACAACAACUACAAGCACUACCACAACUACUGCCGCUAGUACUAGUGGCAAUACGUGUACUACCACUGGAUAUUUCAGAGAUUCCUCUGACUGCUCCAAGUACUACUACUGUCAACUAGUCAAUGGUGCCUAUGUAGCCACAGCAACACUGAGUUGUGUUAGUGGUUUGUACUAUGACACUACCACAGGUGUUUGCAACUACGCCUCACAGGUCAGCUGUGAUUACUUUUUGCUGCUGUCCGUGGCAGUGUAUGCGGUACAGUGUAAAAGUGUUCAGAGUACAGACAAAGUAAUCUAUUGUUACUUCGAAAGUUGGACGGUGUACAGACCAGGCAAUGGAAAAUUUGACGUGGAGAACAUCGAUGCAACCCUAUGUACGCACGUUGCCUUUACCUUCUUGGGCAUCCAAACCAACGGGUCCAUCUCGAUAUUGGAUCCAUGGGAAUCAGACUCUGAUGGUCUAAAUGGUUUCCAAAGAUUUGUAAACCUCAAACAACAAAACGCCAACCUUAAGGUUCUGGUUUCCAUUGGCGGUUGGAACGAAAUGUCUGCCAAAUACUCAGAAGUGGUAGCCGAUCCUGCCAAAAGGACAGUAUUGAAGAACGAAGUGCUCGCGUUCAUCGAGGAACACAACUUCGAUGGCUUUGAUUUCGACUGGGAAUACCCUGCUAGAAGAGACAGCGAAAAUCCUGAUGAUAAGCAAAACUUCGUUUUGAUGCUUCAAGAAUUAAAGGCAGUCUUCGAACCUAAAGGCUACAUCUUAUCAGCUGCAGUAAACAGCGCCAAGAGCAACAUCGACAUUUCCUACGACGUACAAGCUUUGUCUGACGUUUUGGAUCACAUCAACGUCAUGUCCUACGAUUUCCAUGGUGAGUUUGACAACUACGUUGGUCAUCACACCCUUCUGUACUCUUCUGAAAUCGAUGCUCAAUACAACAACUCCGAAUGGAACAUUGAUGUUGGUAUUAACUACUGGUUAAGUCAAGGAGCCGAUCCAGCCAAGAUCAACUUCGGUAUUGCCACUUACGCUAGAACUUUCACGCUGAAAGACUCAUCCAACACUGCUCUGUAUGCUCCAAUCUCGGGAGGUGGCACCGCCGGACCCUACACUAGAAUUGACGGAGUUCUAGGAUACAACGAGAUCUGCGAGUUGCACUCAGACGCAGCUGACAUCUGGGAUGACGUACAAAAAGUACCACACAAGGUGAUCGGUGACCAAUGGAUUGGGUACGACAACACGGAAUCCAUCGCAAUCAAAGUGGAGUACGCCCUGUCCAAGAACUUGGGAGGUUUCAUGGUAUGGAGCUUCGAUACUGACGACUUUUCUGGCAUCUGUGGCAAUGGCAAAUACCCACUCGUCAACACUAUCAAGACCACCCUCAAGAAAAACGGAUAUUAAAUGAUUAUAUGAAGUUCAAUGUUAUUUAUUGUACCUUUAACUGAUGAGUUACCUUAUAGAGAGAUUUAAAAGUUUAAAUAUAUGUAUGUUAUUUUUA